CUUACCAGUUCGCCACGGCAGAAAAAGAAAAAGAAAAAAAAAAUCCCCCCUCUCUUUCGCCCCGACAGAACUUGGGGCGAUUGCGGGCACGGAAACCCUAGCGCCCCGCCGCCGCCGCCACAUCGUUGCCGCCAAAGCCUCCUCGUUCUCCGCUGCCAAGUUCUUCUCGUUCUCCUCCACCAGAGGCUGCGGCUGCGCCGACCCACCAUCUGCAGAUCCAUGCCGCGGCCGCCCUCCAUCGUUUCCUUCCGGCCGGACGCCCUGGCACCCUCCCCGCGCCCCGUCUUCCCCGAAUGGGUCUUGCUCGACAAGACCGGUCUUAUCUCCGUCGACCGGAACGAGACCACGGCCGAGUGCACGACGAGCGAGGGCCAACCCGUGGCGGUGUCCUUCUGGCUCGUCGACGCGCCGGAUGUCUCCUCUUUCUCCGUCGACUGCCCCGGCAUCCCAGAGAAAGACUUGCACUCCCACCCGCCCUUCAUCAUCUGCGCCGAGGGACCCUUCGUCCUCUUCUGCGUCGUCCUCGACGUCCCUAGUUGGCGCUCUUUCCACCUCUUCCUCUACACAGCUUCUGAGGAGCCGUCACUCCAGCUGCUUCCGGAACCUGCCGAUCACGUGGUUGAGGACUUCGAAAACCAGUACUUUGCAAUCUUGCCCUCUUGCGGCGACCACCACCGUGACUAUGCUGUGGCUUUCCUUGAGUGGGAGUGGCAGUCGGCUGAUAUUGCGUACCCGCAGUACUAUGCUUACGUAUUCUCGUCGAAGAAACGGUCAUGGACCAGGAAGAAGGUUCUGCUGAACCUGCACAAGUCUGAAAAAGCUCUAUUUGUUGAUGCACAUGACAUCACCAAGCAGAUGGCUGUCGGAAGCACCUCACUGGCCUGGGUUGAUUUGAAGCGUGGGGUUAUUCUUCUCUCUGACGUGUUUGACCAGCAGCCAGUCAUCAAGUAUAUCCCGUUCCCCGCGUCAAGGGUCCGCAUUCCUGACGACGAUAGCCGCACCCCUUCCAUUGCUGUUGAGUAUGUUUGUGAUGUCAUUUGCUGCAAGGACCUCAUCAAGUUCGUUGAGAUAGAGUGCGAUGAGUGCAGGAGCAACGGCAGCACUUGGAAAGCAAUCACAUGGAGCAGGAAAGUCUCGUGGGACAAUUGGCGCAAGCUUUACACGGUUGAUGUUGAUGACAUCUCAAUUGAUUCGAGCUAUGCAGCUUUGUUGCCAGAACUGCUAGACAAAAAUACCAAUCAACUUAAGCUGAAGAACCUGAUUUCCCUUGUCCCUACCUUGAGCAUGCAAGAUGAUAAUCUUCUUUACAUGAUGUCCAAGUUGAAGUUUGAAGAAGGGACAUCUUGGAUCAUUGCAGUUGACAUGGAACAUGUGGCUGUGAAGGCAGUAGCCCCGGUUUCUACCAAAACGUCCUGCACUUUCCCCAUGUACUUCCCAUGUUCCUUCCCCAAGUACCUCAACUACAUGACACCAGAGGCAGAUGUGGCUGAUCCAUUCGUCCUGCUGAGUCCCUUGCAAAUUACAGCACCAACAGUGACUGCAGAAGGAUCAUGCCAAAUAGGAGGACUUGAGAAACCAGGCUAUACAAAGGGCUACAACUUGCAUGAAGAAAAAGAAGCAGACAUGCUAAAUCCAGCGAUCGUCCCUCAAGUGCCUCAGCAGAAGAAGAGGAGGAAGAGGGGGGGUAAGAAGAAGAAGAAGAAUCCAGCGGAGGUUCAGGAUGUCCGAUUUGGAUUGUAUUUCAGUUUCAUCCUCAGCAUAUUGACAGCAGCGUCCUUUGCAGCAGUAGUGGCGUAUCGUCUCAUCUCGAUGUCUUAAUAGUCGUUAGCUUUAUAUCUUGUCUAACAAAAAAUAUGACAAGCAGAAGCAUGUUCUGGAACUAGGUGUUGGAUGGUGGUUAAUUUUGGUUGUGGUUGGUUGAUGAACCUGAUCCUUGUUGCUGUGUGUGUGAACGAGAACCUUUUUGUUGCAGUUUGCCUUCAUAAAGGCACUCUUGACAAGUUGGGAAACUUUCUGCAUGAAUCAUGUUUUGCUCUAGAACCUAAGUUUGCUGAAGAAAGGUGCAUGUGAUUGUGUC